AUGGAGACUGAUCCAGCUGACUCUACUACACCUAUGAUCUCUGAGAAAGAUGCUGGCGUUGAAGAAGAUCCCCUAAACUCUGCAGGAGAAACUCACAAAGACUCCACUAUUACAGAAGCUUCAACUGCAAAGGUUGAUACUCAGAUACCUGACGCUGCUGAGCCUAGCAGUAAAACAGAGGAUGAUAUAGUUCCAUGCCCGCCAGAUUCCUCACCCCCAUCUAUGUUUUCUUCUUGGGCCAAGAGUUUUAAGUUCCCUCAGCAAGAUCCUAACAGUACAGAUUCUGGGAUGUCAGCUUUCACUAGGUUCACCUCUGAGCUUGGUCUGCAUUUGCCUACUAAAGGGCCUGAUGAGGUCGGUGAAUCGCCAAACACACAAGUUGGUGCUGCUCUUGAGUCCCUCACAAAAGCUGUGGUUGAUUCAUCCCGUGGUGCCGUGAAAGCAAUGCAGGUGAAAGCACGCCACAUUGUCUCUCAGAACAAAAGAAGAUACCAGGAAGGGGAAUUUGAUUUGGACAUGACAUAUAUAACUGAGAAUGUAAUCGCAAUGGGGUUCCCAGCUGGAGAUAUAAGCUCUGGUCUUUUCGGAUUUUUCGAGGGACUAUAUCGCAAUCAUAUGGAAGAGGUGAUCAAAUUUUUUGAAACUCAUCACAAGGACAAAUAUAAGGUCUACAACCUUUGUUCGGAGAGAUUGUACGAUGCUUCAAGAUUUGAGGGGAAGGUUGCAUCUUUCCCAUUUGAUGACCACAAUUGUCCUCCAAUUCAAUUAAUACCAUCGUUUUGUCAAAGUGCCUACACAUGGUUGAAGGACGACAUCCAGAACGUAGUGGUAGUUCAUUGCAAGGCUGGAAUGGGAAGAACCGGACUGAUGAUUUGUUGUCUUCUUCUAUAUCUCAAGUUCUUUCCUACAGCUGAGGAAGCUAUUGAUUACUAUAACCAAAAGAGAUGUCUUGACGGGAAAGCUCUUGUUCUUCCCAGUCAGAUUCGAUAUGUCAAGUACUACGAACGUGUUCAAAAUCAGUUUGGUGGGAAAGUUCCUCCUGAACGAAGAUGCAUGCUCAGAGGGUUUCGCUUAAUCAACUGUCCUUACUGGAUCAGACCAGCCAUAACCAUCUCUAACCACAAUGAUAUACUUUUCUCAACAAAGAAACAUGAGAAGACCAAGGAUUUAGUGCCUGAAGAUUUUUGGAUAAAAGCACCGAAGAAAGGAGUUGUUGUCUUUGCAAUUCCUGGUGAAGCUGGUCUUACAGAAUUGGCCGGCGACUUCAAAAUCCACUUUCAAGACAGUGAUGGAGAUUUCUACUGUUGGCUAAAUACUACACUGACUGAUACCAGAACAAUGCUUAAAGGUAUCGACUUUGAUGGCUUUGAAAAGAGAAAACUACCAGCUCCGGGGUUCCAUGUCGAGAUAGUAAUGAUAGAAUCUGACAACUCCACCCAACAACAACCUCAAAGCAGCUCCGGUGCUGAUUCAGGCAAAACCAAGUCUAAACAGAACAGAGAUGAUGAUGUAUUCUCCGACAGUGAUGGGGAAGAGGAAGGAAACUCCAAAGCCGGCGAGUCCAGUUCAACUACCAAGAAAACGGCAGGCUCGAUGCACCAAAUGAAUGAGCCACCAGAGACUGAUGAACAGUCUGCAAGCAGGAGUGUCACAAGUUCAUCGUCCUCGGGUCCUUAUAAUAAUGCAGUGCAAGAUGACUCAUUGGCAGUUAGUAAUAUAAAAGCUAUUGCUGCAGAUGCAUCGGUCUUCUCCUUUGGAGAUGAGGAAGAAGACUAUGAAAGCGACUGAGCUUGAAAAAAAUUAAAGUUUCAUCAUAUUCACAGUUACACACAAGUACAACAUUUUUGUAUUGCCUCCGUUUCUAUAUAAAUAUAUAGUUUCUAAACUAAAUUAUUUUCCAUGGUUUGUACCAUCGGCUACUCC